GCGUUGAAUGAUAAAAGCAAGGUGGGAAAAUUGGUUCUAUCGCUUUCAACUGUGGAUUAGUAACAAAAUCAUGUGUUUUGAAGAACAUUAGAACCUCUAUGGACAAUCCCUGGAGACCAGUAACCGCCUCAGCUAAAACUUGAUUCACCAUGAAGAUCGCAGUAGAAGGCUGUUGCCACGGCGAGCUGGACAAGAUCUAUGAGACCAUCGAGUAUCUGGAGAAGAAAGAGUCGAUCAAAGUGGAUCUGCUGCUCUGCUGUGGAGACUUCCAGGCGGUGCGGAAUGAGGGAGACUUGAAGUGCAUGGCGGUGCCUGCAAAGUACCGGACGAUGCAGACAUUUUACAAGUAUUACUCUGGAGAGAAGAAGGCUCCAGUUCUCACCAUCUUCAUCGGAGGGAACCAUGAGGCUUCCAACCACCUGCAGGAGCUGCCGUACGGAGGCUGGGUUGCUCCAAACAUUUAUUACCUGGGUUACGCUGGUGUCGUCCGCUAUAAAGGGAUCAGGAUCGGUGGCCUGUCUGGAAUCUAUAAAUCACACGACUACAGAAAGGGUCACCACGAAUUCCCUCCGUAUAAUCCCGAAACGCUCCGGAGUGUGUACCACAUCAGGAAUAUGGAGGUGUUUAAACUGAAACAGAUCCAGAUGCCCAUAGAUAUUUUCAUGAGCCAUGACUGGCCUCGAAGAAUCUACCACUAUGGAAACACGGAGGAUCUGCUGCGGAAGAAGAAGUUCCUGCGGUCGGAAGUGGAGACCAACACACUGGGAAGUCCGGCUGCUGAGGAGCUGCUGGCCCAUCUGCAGCCCAGCUACUGGUUCUCUGCACAUCUCCAUGUAAAGUUUGCUGCUCUCAUGCAGCAUCCACCUAAGGGUAACGCAGCCCCACGUGUCACCAAGUUCCUGUCUCUGGAUAAAUGUCUCCCCUACAGAGAGUUUUUGCAGAUUGUUGAUAUUCCAGACAGAUCGAGUUCAUCUGAAGGUCUGGAAUAUGACCCAGAGUGGUUUGCUGUUCUGAAAGCCACCAACAGUUUACAGGUGACCACUCCUCAGCGCUGGAACCCGCCAGAGAACAACGGCUUGCACGAACGGUGGGACUUCAGAGCUUCGGAGGCGGACAUGAUGCAGGUGAUGGAGGAUCUCAGCGGGGAACUCGGCAUUCCAGACAACUUCAGCCGUACCGUCCCGCCUUACGACCCCGGUCACCCCCAGCCACACACCCCCCCGAGCUACAACACCAACCCACAAACGACAGAGCUCUGCACCAAGCUGGGCCUCACAGACAUCUACUGUAAGGUCGGACAGAGAGGCGACGACGCAGGCAGGUCCCAGAGCGCCACCAGGGAGGAUGAGGAUGAAAGUCUGGAUGAACCCAGCGAGUAUCCGACGGAUACUUCAGGGUUGUCCAGUUCUUUUAACCCUGAUGAGAUCACCAUCGAAGACGAGUGGGAAGAGGAGGAGGAGGAGAAAGGAGCAAAGGCGGACCUGCCCUCAGAUACCCACACCCCCAGUCGGAUGGUCCUGCCAGAGCCCAAAUCUACCAUCUCCCCCUCCGUCCUGAUGGACCUGCCGCCCCCCUCCCACUCUACCCCCAGAGCUCUUCCCGCUCAGCCAGAGGGCGAACAGGAAGGACGGUGCGGUGACGAGGAGGCUGCCGCUCGCAUCCUGAAGCGGAGCAGCGGCGAAGCGGGAAGCAGGAACACGACUCCGAUAAUCAAACGCAGGAACCAGCUCAUUUACCAGACCACGGACGAUGACGAGUGUGAGGGUUAGAACGUAGGAAACGGACUUCUUUAUUAAGAUGUCAUUUUAUGUGUUUUAAACAGAGCCAGAUCAUUUUAGAAAACAGGUUGAAUUUCAGUUAUUUUUGGUAAUAGGAAAUUCUCAUUUAAUGAGAAAGAUUAAAAAAGCUGAACAUUUUUUUUAUUUUAUUUUUUUUAGAAUAAUCCACUAAAACGAAAAGUCAAUUGUGGCUAUUAGAAACAGUAUUUUCAAUGCAGUACGGCUGAACCAUCAGCCAUACUGAUUUUUUUCUUUUUUUUCAGCAAAAUAUGAAUACAUUUUAAUAAGGAACUUGCAAAUAAAUUUCUCUCACUAUCCUAACAAAAGUACUGGGUGUAUUUUUUCCUAGUGAUCUGCAAGCAGAAUUAUGUAUUUCUACAUUUUCUGCAGGUGCUCCAACUUUCUAAAUGGUUUUGGAUAAUUUUUCUGACUUCUAAUCGCACACUUCCAACAAGACUGAGCUCUUUAAGUAAAAUUGCAUCAGUUUCAUGCUAGAAGAAAAACUACUGAACACAGAAUGAUGCAUUAUGUAAACUUGAAAUCUUUUAUUGUAUUUGAAAUAAAACAAGGGAACCACCCAUUAAAACUUAGUGUUUGGCUCAUUAUAAAUUCUGGUAAUUAUAGUAGCUCUUAUUUUUUAAACCACAGAUGAAAUUGACGUUCAGUCAGAUUCUAGAUUUUAUUUUGUCUUUGCAGGGGUUGCCAGUUAAAAGGGUGAAUAUGCUAAUAUUGACGUAAUUGCUAGUAUACUAGCUAUUGUUAGCUUUUCUUUGGAUUCAUUGAGAUUACACAUUAAAGCUUGAGUUCAAUGUCCA